GACGUGAUGGGCAGUGGGGGGGGUUACGUGAAGGGCAGUGGGGGGUGUUACGUGAUGGGCAGCAGAGACAGUGCAACAACAUCCACGUCUCUUGCCUUUACAAGCCGUCACUGACCAGCUUGGGGAAGUAUGGUCGAAUAACCGUCCGCCCCCUCCAUGACCCGCAUGCCAUGGGGAGGCCCUCAUCCAGCAGUGGAUUGACAAACGGGCUCUUCAUGUACAUGUGAGUCACGUGUGAAUUAAAUGUCUUACGUAUGUUGAACUUCUUUUGCGCCAUAUGAGGCCAACCGUGCUAAUCGAAGGUGCCAUAACUACCUUUGAGAUAAUGGAACGAACGAGACGGACUAAACGAGCAAAGCAAAGCGAAUUGGUGAAUCAAAUUGUGACCCAGAAUCGUGACAAUUCAUAGAAUCGCCGAGGUUGUGACAUGCCUGGCACAGACAUCCCCUUGUCAUUACACUGAACUCCCUUCACUAUCACGCUUGUGUUAUUUGAGCGCUACUGUAUGUUUAUGGCUGAAUAAGCCAGUGUUUUUCAAUCGCACCAUCUUCACAUGAUGGAUAAGCAGACAAUGUCUCCCUCCACAUCAAAUGUAAAGUUAUUCCGACAUUACCCAGUUGCCCCAUUGACUUAUGGGGGUGCACGUCAGCAUUAACAUAAUGCACGAAAAGCAUCAGUUUCAUCACCUAUUGCUGCGUUUUCACAACCGCUGGAAACAGACCGGAGCUGUUGCUGGGCUCUUCCAGAAGUGGACCCAGAACAGCAACGGAGAGAUCCGUGGCAACGCAGCACAAAAUCACGAACGAUAGCAACCAGCAGGCAAUAAUGAAUACGUUUCUUGAGAUUGAGCGAGUUUAUAGGACGUUGAAAGCAGAGGUAGUUUGUAAUGCUAACACAACGCAGCUCGUUUCUUCUCCCAAUGCUUAUAGAGCCACGCAGAUCCAGAGGCUUCUCUCUUACGCUUCAUCCCCUCCCAUGCCCGGAGAGAAGCAAUGUUAUUUAUGUAUUAAUAUUUAUCGCAUGCGUGGGUUACAUUAUGCCACCCUAAGUGAACUUUAUAUAUAUAGUUGAAGCAAAUCAUGCUGUUUUAAAGAGAAAAAUACAUGGCCCUGAAGUUGACCUAGGUGAUGAGAGUCACGAUUGACCCCGUGACCUCGCAUCUCUUGCGUUAACCCCGUGUUAGUUUGCCGCACAGCCCGGUUGAUGCUGGCGUGGCCCGAUUGGGCCACCGUGGGAAUCUGGGCCAGGUCCACGUGCUCGCUUCACAAACCGCGCAGCCAGAUGUUGAGUGGUUGUGGGGACGUAGCAUAAGACUCCAGGCAACGCCUUUUUGAUGAGACUUGGAGAGGUGGAAACCGGUGCAGGGUUUCCACUCGACACAAUUGCUCUUGGGUUAACAUUGUUUCAGAAGGCCUAUUGGUCGAUGGAACUUCUAUUUUAAUAGGUAUUUUGUUUGGCAAUUAAACUAAUCUUUCCUGUUAAUUAUUGUAAAUCUGGAAUAAUUGGCACGGCUCGUUCGACUCUUCAAAGUGGACUCGGAGAUCACGCUCGGCCUUUUUACAAGUGAUGCAUUUUUGUGUUACCUAUCGCGACUUUUCUGUUCAUCUUCGCAUUGGCUUCAGUACAUGGAAGGAGUCUGUUUGGCCCAAUAUCACCACUGUCCAAUGGGAGAGCAGUAACGUAGAGCGUGCCACUUGAUUACUGGUUGAGUGGCUCAACUUUGAGCGGUUGAAUAUCAUCGCCACUCAUCUGUAUCCCCGCUCGCUGGCUCAUUAAUUCCCCGAUGAAAGGAAUAGAUUAAGAUCUGAAGCAUUCUUAAUUCUGGAUAAUGAAGGCGUCGCGAUUAAAAAAAAAAUUGCAGCAAUGCAGAAUAUGGGGCGCGCAAAUCGGUUUGAGCGCCCCGGAUUAUUCCGCGUUGCGCUGGAGAUGCGGAAUUAAUCUGAAUAUUCCGUGACCUGAGCGUCGGCAUUAAAAUGGCCACAGGGUCACAGCGACAGGAAUUGAUGGUCCUUGUUUAUUUACUGACUUGCGAGAUUCUAAACGAUACGGGUUCUCUUAAUUUUCGUAUCCUUUACAAUCGAAUGUUAUGAACAAAGCAAAACAUGCAUUAGCAUAUCUGUACAGAUCAAACACUGCACUACAGACAUUGACGAUAAUAUUUCAAUGUAUACAGGAGUGGCAUGUAUAUAUUGAAGCGUGACUUUCAAUGUACGUAGUAAAACUGUACGUUUCUGUGUAUGUAAUCUAUUUUAUGCCAUGCACUGCCAUGUUAUCGUUUUACAUUUUGCCAAACCAUUGUUUUAAAUGAUACGCAUAUAAUUUUUGCACUCCCUGCGUUCAUUGCAACAAUUAAUUAUCGCGUGUGCGUGUCGCGCCGUGUUUCCUCCCGACAGUUUGUUUUUGCACAUCUCGCCAACUCACGGCGAGUACAGUGCCUCCUCGUCUUGCGGUGUUUAUUGUUUUUCUUAACGCGACGACGAUGUCGCCUUCGUCAGUGGAGUGCUUCGAAUGGCCACGGCCACCGGCCGCGCUUUCGCUGAAGUUGGCGCCAUCGUAAAAGCAAGAGGGGGGGGGGGGGGGCACGCACGCCGGGCAUCGUCAGCGAGCCGCCUGCAACCCGGCCGAGUUGUUAAUUAAGCAGCGGAAUAUCCGUUUCGAGCGAUGCACCUACAGGGUUACGGAGCUGCAGCUCGGGAGUCAGGAGGGCGGACAUAAGUCAAGAUCAUCUGGAUUAAAUCUCCCGUGCCAAAUAAGAUUGGGGUUUAUCAGCAAAUGCCUUACGUCUCUUCCCCCCCCACCUUUAUUUUGCACAGUGCCACCAAUUCCCAUCUAUAAAAUGCCACGCGUCUCGUCCCGCCUAUCGCAUUGGUGGGUGUCCCCCAGCAAAAAGUGGGACUGUGCGGGAUCUUGAAAAUUAAUAUCAAUAUACUGUGACAGACCGUAUUGCGUUGCGUUUGCAAUAUAAGCAUCGGUAUUGUGUUGUGACUUGUUCAGUUUACGUGGUGCAACGGUUGGAAAUUAUUCUUGCUUUGUGGUUUUUAUCGCUGUUGUUUUUUUUGUCACUAAAAUAAAACGUGAAACCAACUCUGCACAUCGCUCGAUCCAACCGCAGUCGAGUGAGUGACGAGUGAGUGACGAGUGAGUGACGAGUGAGUGUAUUUUAUAACUCGGUGCUUCAUUCGAAGAUCGUCUGUUCGUCAAGUAAGAGCCAUGGAGAACUUGACCUCGCUCGACCUCCUGCCCAACGGCGAGGUCCCGCUGAUGCCCCGCUACGGCUUCACCAUCCUCGCCGUGAUCAUGGCCGUGUUCACCAUCGCCUCGCUCGUGCUCAACAGCACCGUCGUCAUCGUCACCCUGCGCCACCGCCAGCUACGCCACCCGCUCAACUUCUCGCUCGUCAACCUCGCCGUGGCGGACCUGGGCGUCACGGUGUUCGGCGCCAGCCUCGUCGUGGAGACCAACGCCGUCGGGUACUUCAACCUCGGCCGCGUCGGCUGCGUCAUCGAAGGGUUCGCCGUCGCUUUCUUCGGCAUCGCCGCUCUGUGCACGAUCGCCGUGAUCGCCGUCGACCGCUUCGUGGUGGUGUGCAAGCCGCUGGGCACGCUGAUGUUCACGCGGCGCCACGCGCUGCUGGGCAUCGCCUGGGCCUGGCUCUGGUCGUUCGUGUGGAACACGCCGCCGCUCUUCGGCUGGGGCAGCUACGAGCUGGAGGGCGUGCGGACGUCGUGCGCGCCCGACUGGUACAGCCGCGACCCCGCCAACGUGUCGUACAUUACGAGCUACUUCGCCUUCUGCUUCGCCAUCCCCUUCCUCGUCAUCGUGGUGGCGUACGGCCGCCUCAUGUGGACCCUCCACCAGGUGGCCAAGCUGGGGAUGGGCGAGAGCGGCAGCACCGCCAAGGCGGAGGCGCAGGUGUCGCGCAUGGUGGUGGUCAUGGUGGUGGCCUUCCUCGUCUGCUGGCUGCCCUACGCGCUCUUCGCCAUGAUCGUGGUGACCAAGCCCGACGUGUACAUCGACCCGGUCAUCGCCACGCUGCCCAUGUACCUGACCAAGACGAGCACGGUCUACAACCCCAUCAUCUACAUCUUCAUGAACCGCCAGUUCCGGGACUGCGCCGUGCCCUUCCUGCUCUGCGGACGCAACCCCUGGGCAGAGCCUUCCUCGGAGUCGGCGACGGCGGCCUCCACGUCGGCCACCAGCGUGACCCUGGCGUCCGCGCCGGGGCAGGUCUCCCCGAGCUAGAGGCAUCGCCACACACGCCACCACCGCCAUCGCCACUACCAUCACUGCAGUCACCACCAUCACCACCAUCAGCACCACUACCAUCGCUUCAGUCAGCACCGUCAUCACUGCAGUCACCACCAUCACCACCAUCAGCAGCAGCAUCAGCAGCACCACCAUCAUCGCCACUACUACCGUUUCAAUCACCACCAUCAUCAUCAGCAGCAUCACCAUCAUCACUACUACUACCGCUUCAGUCACCACCAACAUCUCUAUUACUGCCACCACCACCAUCAAUAUCACCAUCAACACAGCUCCUAAUGCUGCUGUGACCACCAUCAGCACGACUGUCACUAACAUCACUGUCAUACUUUCAUCACGACUACUUUCCACUGCAGUGCUCAGCACCAACGCCACGGUCACCAAUCGCUCCCUUAUUUCUACUCGGACGGCAGAGUUCAUCGGGUCUGUUUGUCGCUGAUUGUACGGCUCUACAUAGUAGCGCGUCGGUCGCAUCACAUUGCCCUUUCUGCCUGUCUGUCUGGCCACACGUAAUGCCUGCAAUAGUUAGCACAGUGUCAUUUACAUUUUAGCAGUGAGGCAAUUUUAAUGCGCCGUCAUCGAUAUUCCCGUUUCCCACAAUUGUAUCCCAAAUGGGCUAUCCGUGUCACGUUACGUCAUGGAAUUAGGUUAAAGUUAUUUUAUUUGUUAACACGCAUUGUCCCGUUUAACCAGUUUCCCGGCUAUUUUACAAGGUACAUCCACGAGAGAUGGGCAGUUGUGCAACCUUGCGUGUUAGAGAAGGGCCCAUGGAAGUGGAUAUGGCAGAGCUACCUCUGAGAUCCCUUCCAGUGAGUUGUACACGGUAGGAGGAGGCAGCACUUUUCCACACGCUCUACCAAUGAGAGUAACAUACCUAUCCUUGGUUCUUUCGGUAAAGUCACGUAGAAGGGAAAUAAUAAAAUAAUAGAAAUAAAACAUAAUAAGAUACAAUUCUCACGACGUUUCUUAUUUUUUAUUUUAUUAUUUCCCUUCUACGUGACUUUACCGAAAGAACCAAGAAUAUGAAUCCAUGCAGUCACGAAAGCUUUAAAUCGAAAAGUAACAUACCUGUUAACCCAUACGGUUUACUUGUAUUCUUGUACAGGGAAAUCUAGUUUUCAGGUCCAUAUGACGUACAGCCGUUUCAAUACGGUCAAAACAAUAUUUGUUUUAAUGUCUUUGUUUGUGUUUCUCCCUUGUGAUGGGAAUUUGUAGGUUGAACUUUGAGGUUUAUAAGGGCACGAGGUGACCAAUAAGGUCUGAAUUGGUCUGUAAUAAGGUAGGCAUUGAUAAGGGAUUGACAGGUAUGGAGUAAUGUUUAUCUCAUGACAGCCUGGAGUUCAGCCAAAUUAAGUACAACAGAUUUUGAAUUGUUUAAAUAUGUGAAGGUGUGUGAGUUUUGUUAUUUUUAAAGUGAUGACUGUUUCUCAUUUUCUACAGAGGGAGAGCUUGUAAAAUCUAAUCCUUCCUAAAUUGGAUUUUGGACAGGUUGCAUGAUCAGCUCAUUGAUAAUUGACCGCUAGCAAAAAAUACCUUUUUGCUGAUUUUAAUUUUGUUCAAUUAAUUUUGGACAUCGGUAACAUCAGCAGUUACUAAAAUUCUGAACAAUCAAUAUUCCAUUGUUAGCUUGCUGGAAAAACAAUCUGUCUUUGCUAAGAUAAAAGAGCUUUCCAACUGCAAUUAGACUUCCGUAAUUAGCACACAGAUUAACAGUUAAUCAAUUGAGGAGUGUUCCUGGAUAUGAGCAGGCUUCAAAUGGCCGUGUCACAGCUCAGAGCGCGCAUUGCUGAUAUUUUGGGUAUGAAUCUGAGCUUUGUCCGUCUGUGAUUAAACCAAAUUCCUGAGUGUAGAGGUGGCCAGGUGGCUUAUAGAUGAGAGGUCAGAGCACUGAACUGACACCGUUGAGAUUCAGGAGAAGGCGGUACAGCAAUGUGCAGAAGAAUAUCUGCUCCUUCUGCACGGGGAUAGAGUGUUGCCCCCUCGCACGCGUGGGUUUUCUCCAGGUGCUCGGUUUCCUCCCACAUGUAUAAACACUCAUUAAUUGGAUGAAACAUCUUGGUGUAUAGAGGACAGCAGAGCUUGUGCAAUUGUUGGCACCGGCUCACCACCUGGCUGGCUUGCAGCUUGUCUGUGGUUCCUCGGAGAAUGUAAGAUGCCAUGUGCAUGAAUGACGCUAUAUAAAGCACAUGUUCAAGUGUAAUGGGUUUCUGGCCUCAUCCCGGUCACCAAUAAAUGCACCGAAAAAAACGAUCGCAUCUUAUCCAUGUUUGUUCUCGCUCUGAGAAUUAAAACUGUCACUUGACGAACGAUACUCUUUUUGGCAGGGUGGAGAGAAAAGUGCUUCUCACGGCUGUGUGGACCAGACGUAGAAGGGAUCUCAGAUGUAGUUCUGCAAAAUUCACUUCUGUAGGUCGUUCCCCAACACAAAGGGCUGCACUGCUGUGAGAAUUACAAACGAAUUCUUUCUUUGUUCUCGUGGCAUGAUGCCGAUAGCAAAAUCGGAGUAAAGUUGGGGGGAUAUUCCACGAAGUAAAACGAGUUUUUUGGGCAUAGAGAGUGGAUGGUCACGGCCCAAUCACAAACGAAGUUAUAUAAUAGUGUUUUUUGUUUGUGAGACCAAGCCCUGCUCCUAAGUGCUGAAAUGUAUACGUGAUGACUGAUAUUUGCCAAUAAGUAACGUCAUGAUUAUUCAUCCUUUCCGUAGCGAUUCGAUGAACUGUCCCGGAUUGUGGGACGUGCUUCAAUUAAACAUUCCAUAAGCUUCUUC